AUGAUUCCGUUACUGUCCAAAUUCAUUGAUCUAGUCACAACCAACCUCAACACUGCAGAAUGGCCAUUACCACAAGCUGAUAAUCACGCCAUACCCAAAUUCAACUACGAAGUCAUUAAAGUUAGCAAACGCGUGUCACAAAUACUUGUCAAUCAAUUGAAACCGCCAUCAGCCGAUGUAUGUCUCCAUCCCAAGUUUGCCUCGGUAAUUAUAGCCGAAAAGUAUUGCGUUGGUGUUCAUAAGUUUGAAUCUGAUGAAACUAUUGACAAUCCGUGGGAUUCAUAUUUGGCUCAAGUAGAAUCAAGUCAAGUAUGUCAGCUGAUAGCCGUCCCCUUUUCAUUGAACCUACAAAACAGCAUGAUUCAUAGAGAAACUUUUGGUUUUUUGGAGCAACUAAUUCUGGAGUAUUCUGUUGACCUCGAAGGUGAUAAAGUGGAGUCAGUGGGGAAGCUUAGACCUAUCAUGAACAAUAUAUUUGUUGUUGAACCAAUAAUUUUGCAACCACAAGCAGCUGUUAAAAAGCCAAGUUUACCAGUAUGGCAAGCCAAUGAAAAGGUGUCUUUUUUUGACAUUAUCGAGCAAGAGCUUGAAUCUAAACUCCCUCAAUCUCAACCAGAGGCUAUAAGUCUUUUGCCAGUGCAACACAAUUUGGUUAAAAAGUAUUGCAUAGGGCUUGAUAUUCCAACCAUUGUUGAACCCAAACGCAACAACGACUCUUGUGGUUUUGAUUUCCCAAACUGGACAGGUCCCCAAUUGACCAAUCGGUAUGAUAAUCACGAUUUAAACUUGUAUCUAUUUGAGAAUGAACCUACUCGUAGUCGCAAGUAUUUGGUACAUCCGAUAGCUAAGUGCAACAAAGUUGAAGAUAAACCACCCGAAUACUUUAUCCAGCAAUACAUAAACAAGUACUUUAACACCAAGUCAUGGCAUCUAAACAAGUAUCAACUCAUUGUGGAAAUGGAAUGGAAACCGAUAAUUGCGAAUAUUAAAACUUUACAAAAUCAUUUUUUAGUUGAAACUAUUGAUUCUGUUAUUAGUCCCCGAUUUCAGCUAUCAGUCACAACAGCGGUUGGUGAAGAUAUUGAGUUGGGACCCUUUGAUUCUGAUGAAACCUUGGCUUUAGAUUAUCCUCAGUUACAAGAAUAUACAACAGAAACUGCAACUACAAGCUCAAGCACCAUCCAGAUUGAGCCUGACAAUGGAGCAACUAACCUUGCUACUUACCACGAUGACACCGAAGCCUUAGUAAAGUUAGUCCUGACAAAGAAACGCAAGUUGAAUACAAAAAUGGUUGAUAUACCUCACGAACUAGCAUUGCUUCUGUUUUUACACCCAAAAAAGGAAACCGAAACAAAGGAGGAAGAACUUAAAGAAAAGACCUCUACAGAAUCAAUAUUGCCUCAAUAUAGUAUCUUUUUCGACUCGUCGUUUUCCGAACCAGCCAAAGAGUAUCAAUUCCCUUCCAAUCAAUACAUUGCUUUAUCACAAUCAUUCUGGAAUAAGGACUACCUUCUUGCCAAAGGUUUGAGUGACAAAAGGAUCGGCAUUGUUGAAGCCAAAUUCAAUCAUGCAGUAGAUAUCGUCAUAAACACAACAUCAGCAAUCUACACAACACCAGCUGAAUUACUUGUGCAAGGUGAUGGCAAAACCACUGAUUUCUUAAUUCUUGAAGAGUUACUAACCAUGAAGCAACAUUUCCAUCGACUAUACGUUAUUGCCAUUGUCAAUACUCCCUCGUUUGUGGAGUUUGCCGGACCUAAAUUGCAAACCAUGCAAUUAAUCUGUCUUGCAAUCGAUAUCAAACUCUUGUUUGUGUCAAGAGACGAUGCUUUGCUUUGGUGUUUGGAAAUCAUUGAUCUGGAACCACCACAGAUAAUCAAUAAUGAGCCAAUAGAUUUGGAUAAUCAACAUUUUGGAUUGUUGUGUGAGUGUGGAUUAACCUAUUUCCAAGCUCAUGCACUUUUGCAAAAAACCUCCCUUACGGCAUUUAUUUCCUGUACUGUUGAUGAGAAGUUGAAAAAUUUUAAGGAAUUGGUGACUCCUGAACUAUUGGUAUGUUUCUUAAUCCCUACUUGUUUAUAA